UCAAAUUAAGAUUGAAGUGGAAGCAAAGAAAUCAAAUCAAAACUAUACUGACCUAACCCCCAAUAAUAUUAAUGUAUUCCUCUCUUUUCUCCUUCAAACAACAACAAUGGAACCCGCCAUCUCUACGCCUACGCAUAAUAAUGAUUUCAGCUCCACCAUCGACACCACUCGCCCCUUCACCUCCGUCAAAGAAGCCGUCGCCAUCUUCGGCGAGCGCCUUCUCUUCGGUGACAUGAACAUCUACUCUCCAAAGCCAUUCCCAGACCCUGCAUCUUCUCCUGUUCAGCAACUACCACAGAGUCCUAUCAUGAAACCGAAAGAAGUAGAGGAAGACAACGGCGUUGUUCUUGAUACAUUGAAGAAGCUGGAGGCAGAGCUUGAAAAGACAAAGGCGGAGCUAAAGCUGCUCAAGGAAAGAGGGAGUGAGACGGAGGUGGCGUUGGCGACGCUGAAUGCAGAGCUCCACAAGAACAUGUCCAAGUUGGCGCAAGCGGAGGCCGCAGCAGCCGGGAAGGCUGCGGCGGCUACAAAGACGGUGAGGUUUGAGAUUGAGGAAAAAGGAGGUGAUGAAGAUGGAAAGGAAGUGGUGGAGAAGAAGAAGGAGUAUAUAAUAAGAAAUAAGAAGGAGGAUUCAAAAACAUUGGCUCAUAUACUGAGCCUCGGAGAGAAUGAUCAUCUUCUAUUCGGAGGUGGUGGCAAAAGAAAGAGUAUGAAGCAGAAGCCAAUUAUUCCCCUUGUAGGGGAUCUUUUGUUUUUCAAGAGAAAGUCGUCUUCUACCAAUCCUCUUUAUGCUUCUCCUUUUUAAUGUAUAUUCAUGUUUGUUUCAUUUCUUUGUUUCUUUGGGGUUCGACAAAUGUAAAAUCUGUACUACUUUGUAUUUUCUUUUGCAA